AUGAAAGGGGAUAAAGUUAACAAACCAGGACUUGUUUAUACCGAAAAUUCAUUUAAAAUUCCAAAAGAAUAUUGUGUCAAUUAUUCUCUAUUUUAUUUUGAAAUUAAAUGUAAAAUUGAGGGAGAAGACAAUUUGAUGCAUAUUGGGAUUUUAAAUUGUGAAAAUGGUUGUGUUAGAUAUUUUGCCGAGGAGCCUAAAAUAUUAAAUGAUUUAAAUGAAAAAUUUAAACUUUCAACAUUUUCUUGGAAUGAUGGGGAUAUUUUUGGUAUUGGAGUAGUAUAUCCACCAACUAAUAAAAUUAAUGAAUUACCUUUUGUUUUCUUUACUCAAAAUGGAAAACAAAUUGGUUUGAAAUUUGGAUAA